AUGGUAAACGUGUUUUCCGUUUCAUUCAGGGAUAAGAAUAACAGGAUUAUUUCAAAUUCAAUGCAAUUCUAUAUUGGUCAACUCUUGGUAAUGGAGUAUAGUUUUGAAACUCCUAUUUUAUUUUGUACAGUAUUUAGCAUGAAGAAAGACAAUCGUAUUAAUGUAAAAAGCUCCAUUCCACUUCCAGGAUCUCAUUUGGUAGCUUGUGAUAAGGAUGGAAGGGGUCAUGUUUGGCUGAUUGAUGAAAUAAUAAGUCAAAUUAUCAAGAAAGACCAACAAGAAAAUCACUAUGAUGAAUACCCUCUCGAACAACCAGAGCAACCAGAAGAGUCUUAUCAAAACAUGAGCUUUUCAUUGGAAACUCCUAGGCCACAAAGUGUUCCAAAACAAAUGCAGUCAUAUUAUUCCCCUCACGAAGAGAAGGAUCAUGCACAGGAGCUAACAGAAGAAGAACAACAACCUAACACUAUCGAUUAUUCAUCUGAUGAAGAUCUGCUGUCUGAUGUUACCUCAGUAAUGAGUAGUUUAUCCUCAAUAUCGUUACCAAGGGAGAUUAGAAAUGUACCAAAGCCAACUAAAAGUCCAUCUACUGACAAUAUGGAUCCCACAAUACCACAAACGAUGGACCAAAUGCUAUGGAGCCAAGAAUUUACUCCAAACAAACCUCAAGACGAUCGUAUUGACCUUAAUGAUAUUGAUAGAAACAGAGACAUGUUAACUCCUGAGCCACAGGUUAUCAAAAUUAGAAAAACGAAAUCCCCGCCCAAACAAUCAUCUCCCAUUCUCAAAACUCAUUCCCUUCCAGAAUUUAACAAACAAUCUCCUUCCCUAGAUGAAGAGCUUAUUCAAACUCCACAGAUAACUGAGAGUCUUCCAAAGCCAGUCAUACGAAGAGAGAAAGAAAUCCCCAAGCCUGUUAUCAUUGAUGAUGUCAUUGCAUCUCAAUCCCCAGUUAACGCUAGUAAGCCACUCAGAAAACGUAUCAAACCAGAAACAACAAGAGUCAACUCAGGUUCCAAUCUUCAAAUUGAGGUUCUAGUGCCAAAGAAGCCAAAACCUAGCUCACUGAAGAAAUCAUCAUCCUCUAAUCAGGUAAAGAUAGUCAACCAUUUCUCUGAUGCUGAAACUGAACCAACCCAGAAUACAGAACCAGAGUAUGACAUUCCACAACAUACACCAGCAAUAAUACCCAAUUCAUCGAGAAGAAUUGAGUAUAAACUUCAUCAAAAACAAUCCGAAGAAUUUAAUGAACAAACUGCUAGACAAGUACUGAAAGAGAACAGUCUAUUCAACAAGAAUGAUGCAGAGAAGGUACUCAACUAUACACCUGGUGAAUCAAUGUUUGGAAAUAUAGUAGAAAAACAAGAUGUUGCCGAAAAGAAUUAUGAUAUUGUUGAAACGAAAUUGAAAAAGCAAGUUAGCAAGAAGCAUUUGAAGGAGAUAAAACAAAGACCAUCAAUUAUGGAUUUGUAUGUAAAAGAAGAUUGGGAGAAGGAAAUAACACUUGAACAAACUGGUCCAAGAACUAUAUAUACCCUAAGUUUUGAUCAGUUUGAUGAUGUUUUACCCCACCCGAAAGGAGAAUAUGAUUCUAUCAGAAAAUUUCUAAAAGAAAAUCCUAUUAUUUAA